AUGAGGGAACUGAAACUAGAAAAAGAGCUAGAUGAAGAAGAGGCAGCAGCUGGAGUCGAGAUAUGGAGCUACGUCUUCGGCUUCACCAAGAUGGCGGUGGUCAAGUGCGCGGUCGAGCUCGGCAUAGCCGACGCCAUCGAGAACCACGGACCAGACUCCAUGUUAUCACUGGGCCAACUCUCGUCCGUACUGAACUGCGACGAACCCUCCCUGUCGCGGAUCAUGCGGUUCCUGACCCACCACCGCAUCUUCGAGGAGAAGCUCGACUCCGACGGCACGGCGGUGGUGGGGUACUCCCAGACGCCCCUCUCCCGUCGCCUGAUCAGGCGACGGGAGGGGGACGACAACAACAGCGGCGGCAACAACAGCAUGGCGGACUUCCUCCUGCUGGAGGGCAGUCGCGUCAUGCUGGAGCCGUGGCUGUUCCUGAGCUCACGAGUCCGGGACGGUUCCGCCGCCCCGGCUUUCGAGCAGGCGCACGGCGGAGAGGACGUGUGGAAGUUUGCUGAGGACAAUCCCGGUCACGGCAAGCUCAUAGAUGAUGCCAUGGCCUGCAACGCCAGGCUGGCCGUGCCGGCCAUUGUUCAGGGUUCCCCUGGCUUGCUCGAUGGAGUGGAGACCAUGGUGGAUGUCGGAGGAGGAAACGGGACGGCUCUGCGAUUGUUCGUCGAAUCCUGCCCUUGGAUUCAUGGGAUCAACUUCGAUCUCCCUCAUGUCGUCGCCGUGGCGCCGGAAUCUAAAGGUGUGGCGCAUGUUGGUGGCGACAUGUUUCAGAGUGUUCCCAAAGCUGAUGUUGCCUUCCUCAUGCACACGACCACCCCUUUUUUCGGAGUUAUUCGUGAGUGGCUUGAUCAAUCUUCUCUCUCUCUGCAGCAAGUUCUCCAUGACUGGAACGACGAAGACUGCAUCAAGAUACUGAAGAAUUGCAGAGAAGCCAUCUCAGAGAAGAAAGGCAGAGUGAUCAUAGCAGAAGCAGUGGUUGAUCAGGAGAGAGAUGGGAAGCUGGAGCACGUUCGUCUGAUGCUCGACAUGGUGAUGAUGGCUCAUACCAACAGCGGGAAAGAGAGGACAUUGAAGGAAUGGGAGUCUGUUCUUCAUCAAGCCGGGUUUACUCGAGUCACUGUGACGCCCAUCGAUGCUGUUCAAUCGGUCAUUCAAGCAUUCCCCUGA